AUGAAUAGACGACUGAUCCUACGAAUACCAACAGCAAACCUAUCGGAUCUACUAUCAUCCGCUCCGAAGUUUUCCUUUUUUGACAAGUUAAUUGAUAUCCCGGCACCACCGCCUUCCAGUUCAGCUUCUACAGGAAAUCAUAACAACUACAGCAGCAGCAACAACAACAAUGUUAUGAUGAAGUUGGGACAUCAUGAUAUUUUCAAAAUCAGCAAAAUCGUGGAAGAUAUUCAUUUAUACCUAAUUGACCUUUUACAGAUCUUGCUGAAUGUGUCCCAAGUUGGGAAUAUGCAUGGAUCUAUGAAUCUAGAAUGGUAUUUUGAAGGAAGUGAGCAAGUACUUGAUUUAUUGAGAAAUAUUGAGAGUAUAGAUUCAAUAAUAUCGCAAUUAUUGGCAAUUAUUGAAUCGAAUGAUCAAUUGGAAGUGACAAAUUUAUUAUUAAAGAAAUUUGAAGAAGUUAGUGAUGAUUUAUUGGAAGUUAAGAAAUUCACAAUUGUCUUAAAGAAGAAUUUAGAUAUUGCAAAACAAUAUCACGAAAUAAAUCAAGGGAUUAUUAAAUGCUUAACUCAAGAAAUUGAGGAUUGUAUUAAAUGUAUAUUCAAAUUACGUGAAAUGAAACUAACUAGUCCCAGAAGAGCUCUACCUAAAUUCCAACUAAGUGAAAUCAUAUCGAAAAUGAGAUUAAAUGACAUAUCGGCCACUUCAACGGUAUCAAUACGAUCAAUUAGAUUACCCACAUUUAACGAGACCGAUGAGAAAUUAUACAGCGAAUAUCUUGAAAUCGAAUCAAAGAUAGGACCACUACGAAUAUCACUUCAUGUUGUCCCUAUCAAAAUUGAAGAAUUCAAUACUAUGUGUACAGGAAGAAUAUUUAAUAAAGCCCGAGAAGAAGUUUUGAAUAGUUAUGAAAGGUUAUUACAAAAAUGGAAUCACCUUCAACGAGAAAUGAAAUCUUUAAAACGAGAAAAUCUCGAUAUUAAAUGGAAUGAAAUCUUCCAAUAUUUAAUGAAUGAAAUUAUUAAUAAAUGUGAUUGGAUAAUCGAAGAAUUAUCACCCUCAAAAAGUUCAGCAUCUUCAGCUUCAUCCACAUCAACUAAUUCAUCUUCCAUAACAGACGAAGUAGGAGUCGCCUAUAAAUUAUGUUCAAAUUCAAUCACGCUCAUAAACAAAGCCUUCAAAGAAGACGUCAUCUCCGAUCGGAGCUUAUUAGAUCUAUUCAAUGACGAACUCUUACCUAAAUGGGAAGACGUCAAUGAACUAAUAGGACAAGCCAGAGGUUCAUCAUUUGCAGGCGCCACCCCGGCAUCAGUAGCGCUUAUGAAAUCGCCCAUAGCUUCAACCGGAUUGAAGCUGUUCCGUACCGUCUCGAGGAAUUCCGUGGAUUUGACACUGGCGCAGCUAUAUCUGCAACCACAGCCGCAACUGCAACGUGAAAGUAAGUUGUUCAAGAAUGGAUUAGGGAUAGAUUUUGGGGUGGAUGUCGAAUCGAUAAAAUUCCCAUUUAGUGUUGAGAAAAAGGAUAGAGUUAAGGAACUUGGACUGAUUAGAUCUUCGGGUGGGAAAAGUGUACGAAAUUCAUUGUUGAAUGUAUUUGAUGAUAUUGCAUCGGAGUUGGAGGAGAUUUCAUUUGAUGAUUCUUUACGAAUGGCAGGUUAUGGUAACGGUAACGGCAAUGGCGGCAAUGGCGGUAGUGCAGGUGCCGGUACACGAGAUGUUAUGAAGUCUGAACAAAAGAGGGUUUCGUUUGAUUUACAGACAUAUCUCAAACUUGUCCUAAGUUCAAGUGGGAAUUUUGAUUCUAGAAUUCCGGAGAUCUUUCCUAAUUAUAUCCAAUCGGGUUAUCCCAAGAUUGAGAAAAAGGUUGGUGGGAUCUAUGGAGCAAGUGGUAUUCCUGAAAUCAAUCCAACUCAUCCAGUAUUCCAAUCUCCAAUAAAGAAGACCUUCCCGAGCUUUUUGGCGACAGAUAAUGAAUCUACUUAUUCAUCUGAAAAGACUCACGUUGAUCUUACUCCGCCAAUGUCCAACCAGGCAUUUCUUUCAAGCUUAUCAUUAAGUAAUUCAUCAUUAGGUCUGAUGGCAGCGCGACCGGCAUCGUCACUUUUGAAUGAGACUCAGACUCCAAAUUUGUUGUUUGGAAGAAAAUUGAAUUAUAAUAGUACAUCUCCUGAACGACCAUUGUCAUCAUUAGGAUCGAGAUAUGAUGAUGAACAUUUGUUGCAAUCGAAAUCUGGUCCUAUACGACGGCCCUCCUGGAAGUGA